GGUACUUACCCAAUUUCGCCUUCAUCCUCUCUCUCUCUCUCUCUCCGUCUCCGUAUAUACCCACACACUAGGGCACAUACAGAAUAGUUGCCAAUUACCCACUGUGAUUUGGGGCUGAAAGCACAUCGAAGCAUCGAUUUUUAAGUGGGGAGUUGCGCUAGAUUACUAUUUUCCAGUGCUUCCUAUCGGCAGUUGGGAAAUGCAAGAUCCAGGUAUGCUAUUGCCUGAGGAAGCUUCUGUUCCUAAGUCGAGAAAAAAGAAACCCUCAACCCAAAAGGCUUCCAUGUCUCAGCAAGGGCACAAUGCGACUCCUCCAACUCAAACAGGGAAGAAAGCCUCCAAAAAAGGGUUUAAAAAGGAUGUUUCUCCAUUGUUCCACCAACCAGAGAACUCUCCUUCAGAUUCAUUGCCGGACUCUUCCACGUCUGGAAAUGAUUACAGGGCGCUGAGAAGAAAAUAUUUGCUGCUGGAGGAAGAAAGCUUUGGGCUUGGGACAGAGUUGAGAGAGGUUGAAGAUGAGGUCAUAACCCUCGAAGAAGAGAAGAUUGCACUCUUGAAUGAGCUCGUUGUGUUAGAAGGCUUAAUCGAUCCUUCCGAGUUGCAGUCCCAGGGUCCACGUUUACCAUAGGUCCGAAUUAUUCGUUCGAUUGAUAAAUGAAGCUUAUGUGUAUCUGAACUUGAGUAUUUGUGAUGUGUGUUCAUGGUCAAGCUCUUGUGCCAAAAGAGGUUGGCUUAUGAAGUACUAAUCUUUACCCAGAAUAGCUAUUUCCAGCAUCAUGUACAAACUCUUGGGCUGUAAACAUGUCUCAAAUGAUUUGGAUGGGUUCGCAUGUCAA